AUGUAUUCAAAGUCGACUCAAGAAAUCAAUCAAACUGUUGCCGGGCUCACCAAAAGCGCCGAUUGUGAUGAUGCUGCUACUCAUCUCUCGAAAAUUGGCUCUGCCCGCCAAGAGGUUCAACGGCAAUAUGAUCAGUCCACAAGGGCCGUUGCCAAUGAAGUCGGCAGACUUUCAGCCUCCGGUACAGGUGUUGACAAGACAAAGCUCGAAGCCUUUCAUCAGAAAGACCGUGUCGAAUUUGGUAAGUUCAAGGACCAUGCGCUGAAAAGCUUUAACGAGAAGGAGGCGAAUGCAAGAGAGCGCUUGAGGCGCAAGGAGGAGAAGAAGCCCGAGAGGUGGAUAUGA